AUGACUAGGCAAUCUUUGACGUUCCAAGAACCAUUACAAGGUGGUAUUGACACAGCAACUCACGUGAUCAAACUGGAGACAAGAAACGUAUAUCAAUCUUAUUUUAAGAAGUUCUGUGAAUUCUGUAUCGUCAACGAGUUUCCUGAUCCAGUGGUGAAGCGUCAUCACGAACUGCCUUCGCUUUUGGUUGCGUUUACCGAGAGUGUAUCCGCGUCCAGUAUCGUUUCCAAUCAAAUUGGGGAGAAGAUCAGAGCUGCGGUCGCGAACUUUUAUGACAGUUACGAGCGCAGAGACGCCGCAGGACCGGACAAGUGGAUGGUAAUGACAGACGACAGGGGCAACAAAUUUGGCCUUGGUAAUUCUGCAAAGGAUGCGUUCGUUCGCCAAUUCAUGCGGGGCCUCAAGAAAAGAAUGAACAAGGAAUUUACGCAGUACCAAGCUACGCCUAUUUCUUUGGAUAUGCUCCGUGUGCUUCACUUUCACUUGACACACACGUCAGGAUUCACAUAG